UGGUUUACCUAAUAUUUGACGUUCAGUGUACCAAUAUUGGGUUCGAAUUAUUCUUAAAGUAGAUGAAAGCUUAAGAAUUUACUUGUUUUAAAGGCCAUACCUUCCAUUAGUGCUAUCUGGGUCUGCUUAAAGUUUCAAUUUUGUACCCAUUUUUGUGUCCUGUAGAGUUUGUGCGAAACAUGCGAUUGCAAACGUUAAAGUGGUCUGAGGGCAGUCCAACUGAAUUUAGUAGCUUUUUUGUUCAGCUUUUCCCAAGUGGUAGUUCUUAAGUUUGUGAAUUGGUGAACCUUGACAAGGGGUCUAUAAUCUUUUACAAUUGCUUGAAGCCAUGACAUCAGUUAUAGGCUUCCCAGGACCUCAUUUUUGUGUGUUAAAUUCAGAGAAUAAACCUCGGUUUCAAGUGCAAGUUAGGACUUUAGGUAGUAAGGAUUCACCAGUUUUGUCAUCAGAUUCAGUUGCUGUGAAUGGUGUUUCCGUAAUCGAGGAGAGGGAGGAAAGGAGGUCUUUGAUUGAUGAAGGGAAUGGGAGGUUGAGGCAUAAGGUUAAUAAGGAGAAGAGAGUGAAGGAUGGUGUUCUUGAAAGUUUGGAACCUUUGUGGGAUGAUGGGUAUGGGACUGUGACUGUAAAAGAUUAUUUUGAUGCAACCAAGGAGAUGAUUAAGCCUGAUGGUGGACCUCCCCGGUGGUUUUGUCCCGUUGCUUGCGAGGCGCCAUUAAAGGAUUCUCCAAUUCUUUUCUUUUUGCCUGGGCUAGAUGGUACUGGGUGGGGCCUCAUUUUGCACCAUAAAGCUCUUGGGAAGGCUUUUGAAGUUCGAUGCCUGCAUAUUCCUAUUAAUGAUCGAACACCAUUUGAAGGGCUGGUGAAAUUUGUCGAAGAAACUAUCAGGCUUGAGCAUGCUUCAUCUCCAAACAAGCCAAUUUAUUUGGUCGGAGAUUCCUUUGGAGGAUGCCUAUCACUUGCCGUUGCUGCACGUAAUCCUACCAUUGAUCUAGUACUGAUACUAGUCAAUUCAGCAUCAUCAAUUGAAAGAUCUCAGCUACAACCUCUGUUCCCUAUCUUGGAGGCUAUACCUGAUGAAUUACAUACCGCAAUUCCCUAUCUCCUCAGCUUUGUUAUGGUCUCAAAUUUCUCGUUUUCAAUGCCAAAUACACGAACUUUCAUUCCAUCAGGUGAUCCAACAAAAAUGGCGAUGGUUAAUAUUGAAAGUAGGCUCCCUCCCAGUUUAAAACUUACACAAUUGUCUCGCAACCUCACUGCUUUGCUACCAUGCCUCUCAUCUUUGGCUGAUAUUAUACCGAGGGCGACUCUUCUUUGGAAGCUGAAGCUGCUCAAGUCAGCUGCUGCUUAUGCAAAUUCCCGUCUCCAUGCUGUUAAAGCUGAAGUACUAGUGUUGGCCAGUGGCAAAGAUAACAUGGUGCCGAGUCGAGAUGAAGCGCAACGACUAAUGAACUCAUUACAGAAUUGUACAGUUCGUCACUUCAACGACAAUGGACAUACCCUAUUACUAGAAGAUGGCAUUAAUUUGUUGACAGUUAUAAAAGGCACUUGCAAAUACCGUCGUUCGAGGAAGCGGGAUUAUGUCUCAGAUUUUCUUCCUCCUAGUAUGUCAGAACUCAAAUAUACAUCCGAUGAAGUAUUCGGGUUAUUACGCUUAGCUACUGGUUCUGUAAUGUUCUCAACAUUGGAAGAUGGGAAGAUAGUGAGAGGUCUUGCUGGAGUACCUCAUGAAGGACCUGUCUUAAUUGUUGGUUAUCACAAUUUAAUGGGAUUGGAGCUGAAUUCUUUAGUUGAAGAAUUUUUAAGAGAAAAGAACAUAAUGGUUCGUGGAGCAGCACAUCCAGAGUUGUUCUGGGGGAAGUCCGGGAGCUCGGCUAGCUUGGACUUGCUCAAAGUAUUUGGUGCAGUACCUGUCACAGCAAAAAAUCUAUUCAAAUUGCUUUCGUCAAAAUCACAUGUUCUGCUCUAUCCUGGUGGUGCACGUGAGGCUCUCCAUUUCAAGGGUGAAGAAUACGAGCUAUUCUGGCCUAAUCAACCGGAAUUUGUGAGAAUGGCUGCACGAUUUGGGGCCACCAUUGUACCGUUUGCAGCUGUAGGAGAAGAUGACCUACUAGAAUUGGUUUUUGACUACAAUGACCUAAAGAAGAUCCCUGUGAUCAGUGACUAUAUCAAAGAAUCUAAUCGCGAUGCUAUAAGAUUAAGGGAUGAGACGAGCGGGGAGGUGGCAAAUGUAGAUCUCUUUUUCCCGGGGGUUUUGCCCAAGUUACCAGGGCGCUUUUACUAUUUAUUUGGGAAGCCAAUAGUAACCAAGGGAAAAAAAGAGAUCCUGAAAGAUAAAGAAAAUGCAAACAAAUUGUAUUUGGAGAUACAAUCUGACAUUGAAAACAGUUUAGCAUACUUGCUUAAGAAGCGGGAGGAGGAUCCUUAUAGGAGUAUUAUAGACAGAACAGCUUAUCGGGCAAUAUAUUCCCCUAUACAUGAAGUUCCAACAUUUGAGCCUUGACAAUUUAUGUUCGAAAAAUCGCUACAUUAUCUCGCUUUUACUUUUGUAUUUUCUGUAACUUUGAUAUUAAAAAAAAAAAACCAAAACUGCAAAAAAAAGUUUUCUUCUUUUCAAUAUAGGCCCAUUUUGCCAUGUUUAAAAAAAGGCCCAUUUUACAAAACUCAACCCGUUAGUUUUAUUAAAAAUUAGGUCAGAUAUCUUCUUCUUCCUAGUGCUGCCUUUCUCCUUCCUCUCUCUGUUUCUUCUUCUUCUUCUUCUUCUUCCUCCUCCCUAGUUACGCGUCGCCGCCUCCUGCGCGCUUCACCCGCGCCUCAACGUCAAAACGCCCGCCCAGACCCGCCUAACUCCCUGGCGCCUAACUCGCGGCGGCGUCCUCCCGCCUAGCCCGAUUUUUCCUACACUUUGUGCACGAACUCCACUAAUUAAUUCAAGUUUCAUAUUGUGUGGCCCAAAUAAAUGGGGUUUUUAUUUCUUUUAUCUUUUUCAAAAGAAAUACUGAAUCUUGUGUUGCAAACUUGAAAUUGGAGGUCUAAGAAGAAGCAUUAUAGCCUGAAAAACAGAAGAAAUAAAGAAGUAAAUGUCCCUCUUUGAACAGAAAUUAACAAGAAAGUACUCAACAAUAUCUCUAAUAAAGGAUGUAACGUGAUUGCCUUUUCUAUAUAGAAUCCAUAAUAAGAGACUUAAAAUAAUGAGGAAGUAGAGUUGGAACUCAGACCAGAGGGAAUUACAGGGUAAUGCCAUGUGGUUGAUGGAGGUCUCAAUCCAUGCAUGGGCGCAGAACAUGAUUCUUGAGAUAUUUUAGAAAGGCAGAAUCUGCGUUUUGCCAAAAGGGUCGGUUUGAUUCUUGAAUGUAUGCAUCUCUUCAGACUAGCAGGCUCGAUAAGUGCAUGCUGGCGCCACAAAUCUGGACUGCAAAACUUGAUUCUGCAUUUGCUGAAUGAAACACGAUAAUAUAUCAUAAUAAUCGCGUAAUUUGUCAUGUAUAGAGAAAGAUAUUCUCUCUCUCUCUCUCUCUCCCCUUAAUUUUCUGGUAGAAGCAAUGUAUUCUGAACAGUGAAGGUCUUGCAAGUGAAGGUAAUGGAGGUCACAAUCCAUGGAUAAGCAGAACAUGAUUCGUUUUCAACAUUUUAGCAAUCGGAGAAUUUGAAUGGAAUCUUGGAGUGCAUUAGAAAAAGAAAUAUGUGCUCAAAAAGUAGCACAACUAGCUGUUGCGUACAUAUACAAGGAGAAGCGUCAACAUGUUCCAAGUGAGAAAGAAGUCGAGUCAUAUAGCUAGUUCCAAACUCAAAGCUAACUAAGCAAUGGCCGGCUAUGAUUACAGUUACAGAUCAGGUUACUCUACCGGCAACGGGGUAGGAUCGUACACUGACCAAUGGGGCCAAACAAGGCAUGGCUCUCCUCCACUUAUUGAGCCAGUGAGAAAUUACGGCUAUGCUGCUGAUGACAAUUGGCGUAGGCCUCCAAGCCCACCACACCACGCCGUUGAUGGUUUCCACACCAGAAUCCACACUGAUGCUAGCCGUGAUCCUAGGGUUGCACCCUUCAAUGGCAUAACCUGGGGCCAACAACCCAAUCAAAUUGGAUACAAUGGAACUACGGGCUAUGGUGGCUAUAGCGACUACAGCAACAACACGUUGUACAAGCCUAAUGGAAACACCAUUCGGAAUGACAACUAUGACGACUACCACCACAACCGCAAACAUGAUAGUGGCAUGGGGCCAAUCAACCUGACAUCACACGGUGGCUACCACGGUAAGUCAAGCCAUUCAACAUGGACUUCUACACUUCCGGUUCGUGGUGAUGGCAGACUCAGCAUUCCAACAGAUGACAUGGAGAGGGCCCUGCACUACUUGAAGGAGAGUGCAAAGUCUUCAGCAUGGCCAAGAACAACAUGACAAAUUCACGCAACUAAUGUCUGAUGCUAAUUAAGGCUUGGUGCUUUAUGCUUUAGCUUGGCUUUUCUUGGGUCAUUUUCAUCCGUUGGUCUGGUCUAACCUAACCACUCUAUCUGUUUUCUGUUAUCUGCAUCUGUUUAGCUGUAUUG